AUGCUCACUAUCGCACUCGCUCCCGUGUCGGUCGCGCAUUCGCCCGCACCGCGACGCGCGCGCGCUGUCCCGGUCGCGCGCGCAGCGUUAUCCACUGCGCCCGAGUCGGCGACGCCGAUCACCCCCGACGCCCGCACGCGCGUCGCCUCGAUCCCGUACAAAGACGGGAGCGUAGAUAAAGUCGUCGCCAUCAACGACGCGGCGAAACAGGCGAUCAAAGACGCCAAGGCGGAGCGAUUCGUGAGCAUCAUCGACCCGAAGAGCGAAAAGUUGCAAAAGCUGCUGAGCGUCGUCGACGCGGGAUGGGAUAAAAUUGGCGUCAAGAAUAAGAACGCCGGGCAUCACACGCUGUGGCCCGAAGCUUUCGAAGCUGGGAAGGCGCUGCUGGAGGAGGCGUUUCCGGAGGAGUGCUCACCCGAGCACGGAGGGGAGGUGUUGAACGGCGUCGCGUUUGUCAACGAGCCAAAGUAUUACGACCGAGCGAUUGAUUUUAUGCAACGACGAACAAAGGAGGAUUUCAUCAUGAGCAAGUAUAAUCCUCUCGGACGGCUGCAUCGUGAUCCGGAUGCGAUCGAUUAUAAGAGCCCGGGGUGGAUGACGAGCGGUAUGGAGAAGAGCGAGGAGUACAGUUAUCGUUAUUACAACGUGUGGUUGUUGAGGUCGCCGCGGGAUCCCACCGGGCAAGCGUGGGAUAAGCCCUUGGUCGUGCUGCUUCCGCGCGACGGUGGUGCUCGAGAGUGGACGUACGAUGUGCGCCGGCCGGAGGAUAACGUAGAAGACGAUGCGAAGAAGACGGCGGGGAGUCAGUUUAAGGAGACGAUGGACAAAAUCAAAGCCAACCCGAUGAGCGCGGCGCCAAUGGUGAUGCAAGCGUUUAGCACGAAGAAGAAGGAGGACAAAUUCGAGCAACAAGAUCCAAAUUAUAUGACUCGUGGUUCGCCCGAACUUCAGCCGAGCGACGAGCACGUGUGGAUCACGGCGCCGUACAUGAUAUUCGAUUCCUUCGACAUGUGGCACGGCGCCGGUCAGUGGAUGCCGGAGGAUAAGCGAGACCUUCGCAACGGUGCCGCCGACGCCGUCGCCGCGCGUAAAGAUGCCAUAAAGGGUCGUGUGAGCAUCGAGUUACGCUUCCGCGCUCGGUGCAAACCGGGAUCGCGCGAAGGCGUUCCGUUUAGUCCCGUGAGCUCAGCGUUUCGCGGCGGCGUCUUCACCCCGGAGUCCGUGCGUCCAUCCGACGGUGCGUACGACCUCAAAUCCGGUAGCGUGGUGUGA